AUGGUCGAGUCGAUGUUAAGGUAUCUGCACCCGGAAGUAUUUACUAACGAAGUGAUGCUCGACAUUCAUGAUAAGGUAUAUACAACACUCAAAUCGGAGUACCAACCCCGUCAAAUUGAAGAAGAACCCCUUGAAGACGAUUUCUUUCAAGGGCGCAACACUGAAACUGAUAAUUACGAUAUUGAUGACAGUGAUGAUGCAAAGGGUGUUGAGGAUGGUGAUGACGUUAGCGGAAGUGGAGAAGAUGAUGACGACGCUACCGAACCUGGAAGAGAUGAUGAAGCUGCAGAAGAUGAUGACGACGCUACGAAACCUGGAAGAGAUGAUAUAGCUGCAGAAGAUGAUGAUGACGCUACCGGAACUGGAAUUGAUGAUGACGACGAUGCAUAA